GGCGCAGUAGGUUGUGCCUGCUGUACAGUCAUCAUAGGUUUCCUGGACCACAGCUCCAGAGACUUGGCCGUUGUGUUACUCGUAAUGGCCGUGGCUGCCCAGAACAUAUCAACAGCUUCGUUUAGGAUCAAUGCCUUAGAUAUAGCGCCAAGGUCAGUAGCCCCCAGGCUGUCAUUCAAACUGACGUGAUAUCUUUGCUUAAGUACUGUAAAACUAAUCCCUGGUGUUUUAGUAUCUACGGCAUCAGUAUCUGACCACUUAAGAUUUUUCUACUUUUACAGUCUCUAGCGGUUGUAAAAUGUUUACAUUUUAUCAAUGUUUUAUCUUCAAACCUAACCCUCUCUUGCACAGAUACUCGGGUUUUAUACUGGCGCUGGCCAACACGGUAGCUGUGGCGAUGUCAAUGACGGCCCCACUGGUCACUUCAGCAGUAGUUUAUGAGGUAAAUAGCUUAUUGGUCAGUCGUACGACUAGGGCUUACAUCUGUCUUGACCAUUGUCUGACAUCCCAUGACUUGAAAAGAUGUUAACAUGUUGGCUUGGUAUUUUCUGUUAAGUCGAUUAUCUUACCUGUAACAAAAACAUUGUGGCCAGAUUAAGGUCAUGACCUUGAAAUUGGAGUCACGACCUUGAAAUCAGAGCUCUAUUUUCCUUUCUUAAUUAUUGAUAUAAUUAGUUUCCAAACAUUUAUUUCAAUUAACAGUAAAACAACACAGACAGAAAAACAACACAGACAGAAAAACAACACAGACAGUAAACAACGGUAUGAAUAAAGACAUAUCUUAUGAGCAUUCUGUCCAAGUUUUCACAGAUUUACAGCUUUAUUUAGGCAGCAAUAUGUAACAUAGACAAUUGCUUCCGUCUUAAGUGACAUAUACCAAGGUUACUCCCAACAAGAUGUGUCGCAUCUGAUAGAGCAAUGUUUAAAUCCACCUAGUUAAAGCUUAGACUUAGCUUUAAAGAAACAAUUUUAAUUUUUUGACAGGGUAAUCGUGAACAAUGGCAGACAAUGUUUUAUGUGGUGGCAGCACUGAGCUUGGCAGGGGGCGUGGCCUUCAUGUGUUUGGCCAAGGCAAAACUACAAGACUGGGCGUGUGAUCACCAAGGUAGGUAACUGAGGAUGGGGGCUUGUGAUCACCAAGGUAGGUCACUGAGGAUGGGGCUUGUGAUCACAAGGUAGGUAACUGAGGAUGGGGCUUGUGGUCACAAGGUAGGUAACUGAGGAUGGCGGCUUGUGAUCACCAAGGUAGGUCACUGAGGAGCUUGUGAUCACAAGGUAGGUAACUGAGGAUGGGGGCUUGUGAUCACCAGGAUAGGGAACUGAGGAUGGGGGCUUGUGAUCACCAGGAUCGGGAACUGAGGGUGGGGGCUUGGGAUCACCAAGGUAGGUAACUGAAGAUGAGGGCUUGUGAUCACCAGGGUAGGUAACUGAGGAUGGGGGCUUGUGAUCACCAAGGUAGGUAACUGAAGAUGAGGGCUUGUGAUCACCAAGGUAGGUAACUGAAGAUGAGGGCUUGUGAUCACCAAGGUAGGUAACUGAAGAUGAGGGCUUGUGAUCACCAAGGUAGGUAACUGAAGAUGAGGGCUUGUGAUCACCAGGGUAGGUAACUGAGGAUGGGGGCUUGUGAUCACCAAGGUAGGUAACUGAAGAUGAGGGCUUGUGAUCACCAAGGUAGGUAACUGAAGAUGAGGGCUUGUCAACAUUAGAGUAGGUACCUCAAUGUGGGCUUUGUUAACAUCAGGGUAUGUAACUCAAGAUCGGGCUUGUUAACAACAGGGUAGGUAACUCAAGAUUAGGCUUGUAACAUGAGGGUAGGUAACUCAUGAUCGGGCUGGUUAACAUUAGGAUAGGUAACUCAAGAUCGGACUUGUUAACUUCAGGGUAGGUAAAUCAAGAUAUGGCUGGUUAACAUCAUGGUAGGUAACUCAAGAUCGGGCUGGUUAACAUCAGGGUAGGUAGCUCAAGAUCGGGCUGGUUAACAUCAGGGUAGGUAACUCAAGAUCGGGCUGGUUAACAUCAGGAAAAGAACCUUACCUUAAGGGACACACAUAAGCUGAUACUGAUUUCACUUAAGGAAUACACAUGGCCUGAUAGGGACUUCCAUGAAAUUAUUUGAAAUGUCUCAGAGAAUAUUUCGCCUACUUUACAUUAAAUGUAUUAAUUAUACUGAACAGCGUCCAACCAGGUAACUUUCCUUUUGUUUCUGUUAGAUGACAUCAAGGUGGGAGAUGAUAAAACGUUGACGGGUGCGUUCAUUGGCCAUGAUGGCAAUGGACACACCGGCAACCAUGUUGACCAACUGACCCAUGAAGCCCGUCAGCAUAAUCCAGCCGAGAAAGUUUAACUAAAGACAAAUCUAGAAGAUACAAAUCUAGAAGGUGCAAGUUAAGAAGAUACAAAUCUAGAAGAUACAAGUUUAGAAGAUACAAAUGUAGAAGGUUCAAGUUUAGAAGAUACACGUUUAGAAGAUACACGUCAAGCAGAGCAGAAUUUGAUGUUCCUCCAGGUCAACCCGUUUAGGCCGGUGGGUCGACCCAAGGAAAGUUUUGAACCAAUCUUACUGACCGACCAUUUCUAGGAUCGUUAGUUUGCAAAACGGCCUGAGCCAUAAACGUCUUCUCUCAUCUCAGCAAAGAUAAUCAAAACAUUUUUACGUUUAAAACAACACAUGCAAGUUAAUGCUAAAAUCGUAAUCGGUGUAAUCGUGUUUGAGUGCUGUAAUCGAUACUUUGUAUUCGUGAAUGUAUAGGAAGACUGACUUGAAAUAUGGCUUGACUGUUUGUAUCGAUUCUGCUAGAUUCACUGACUUGAUUGUUUAGGCAAAAGUUUAGGUGAAUGUUUAGGUGAAUGUUUAUGUGAAAUGAUCAAAUGAAAGAAGGCGAUUGAAAAAAACAAUGAUAUAUUGCUAUAAAAAUAUAUUUUUUUUGCAUUCCAUGAUCUGCUUUCCUUAC